CGUACGCGCACCAUUCAAAACUCGUCCCGACGUUUUGGAACAUGGUAAGAAUUACCUUGCGACGGAAAUAGAUGUGCUCUUGAAAUUUUCUCUCUGUGCCAGUGCUGAAAUCGCGAUGGUGUCGUAACGUGGACUUGUGAUGUGAAGGAAGCCACCAUGAAGUUUUCUAUAGACGUUUUGGGGGUGUUCUUGAAAGUGGUGGUCAGGAUAAACAAGGAGACCUUCGCCCCCCUGCUGGUAUCGACCCUGUUCAUCCUCCUCACAUCCAUCCUAGCCCACUGUCUCCGCAGGCUGGUGAACAGCCUGGUCAAGGAGCCCCUGGUCAAGCUACUGCUGGAGGAGGCUAUUGCUGCUGCCGAGCUAUGCGGGUGCUGCUUCGAGCUGAUUAUUGUUGCGGACAACUUCGGCGUGGCGACAUACGCGGUGUUCCUGUUCGCGCUGACGGUGUGGUGGUCGCUGAACUGGGGCGACGCCACCGCCUGCCCCUACACACACCUCGAGGACAUUAUAGAGGGUAAAGGUGACGUGCGGAAGGCCGUGCUGCGGACGUGGGCGGAGCUGGUGGGGGGCGUUGCGGUGUUCAAGUAUGUGCAGACCUACUGGGCGCUCGAGAUCGCUGACACGCAUAAGAACAGAGCUUAUGAGGACUGUCAGGCGGAUUUACAGGUGCCUGUACUAUACGGAGCGAUAGUAGAGGGUGUGGCGACGUGUCUCUGCCGCCUCGCCUCCAAAACCCUGGGCGACCUCAACCCACGAUUUUCCACUGCCAUAGACGCCUUCAUCGGAACUUCCCUUGUUGUUGCCGGGGUCCUGUACAAGGACACAUUUUACACGUAUCACUUUAAAGACGAUUCUCCGCUCUACAGUGUGUUCUUCAUGUGCAAAAUCCCCCUAGGAAAAGCAUUCGACUACUCCGGCGGCUACUUCAACCCAGUGCUGGCCACGUCAUUAAAAGCCGGUUGCGACGGCCACACUCUGUCAGAACACGCCCUGGUUUACUGGCUCGGCGCCUGCGCAGGUUCCCUGGUCUCCGUCUACAUCUACAACUCCCAGGCCGUCCAGAAAUUCAUCAAAGGCACCACCGAAGUGAACGGAGACAGCAUUUGGGCCGACAAGGAGGACUGAUUUUACCCUAUUUAUACGAUGUGUAUACUUCUAGUCAAAAUGUUUUUCCUUCGAAUGUUUAUAAUUGUUUAAUAAACUUUAUUUAUA